AUGGCAAGAUUUGGAUCCACUGUAUUCUCCCGAGGGUGUUCUUCAUCGGCAUUUGCAUCGGCCCUUAAGAAUUGCACCGAAGUGUCCGAGGGUAAGCACAUCCACAGCCAAAUCGUUUCUGCCGGUUUGGAUAGAUCCACCUAUGUUGGAAAUCACGUCUUGGAAAUGUAUGGCAGGCUUGGAAGCGUGGAAGAAGCUCAAGAAGCGUUUGAGAAAGUGUUCGAGAAGAACCACAUUUCAUGGACACUCUUCAUUGCGGCACUUGCCCAGAACGGGCAUUGCAAGGAGGCACUUGCAACCUUCAAGAAAAUGGAUCUGGAGGGUGUCAAGCCCAAGAGGUUCGUGUUCCUGCGAGUAAUCGGAGCUUGCAGAGACGCAACCGAGGGCAGAAAAAUCCAUGCACGGGUUCUGGAAGACGCUGUUCUGGCGAGUGAUGUGUUCUUAUGGGAAGUGUGGCUGCCUAGGCCAAGAUGGUGGUCCGCUGGCAGAAAGGAAAGGAAAUCUCAUCGACAAGAAGUAUGCCGAGCAAGAUGA